AGAUGAUGAUACGUUUGGAGAGUUUCCAGGGCGCUUUUGUGGUCUGAUUAGUCGUGCCCUCCCCGCUGUCCAGGUCGUCGCCACUGUUUACCCAAAGUAUGAGACUCGGGGCGAGCUAAAAGGAUGCGUAAGUAACUUUCGGGAAUGGUACGUCUAGUAGCCCAUGCGAUUUUUUCCGAGUGGAUGGAGCGUGCCAUUGACCGUCAUAGGCUCCAGAACAAAGUCAUCGACUUGGAGGUCUCGAACCGAACGGCUUCACCGACAGUUGACCCUUCUGUGCAUGUUAUCCUGCUCGGGCAUUCUAUGGGUGGGAUAGUGGCUGCCGAGACCCUUCUUCUGCUUGCAUCGGAACAGCCGAUUCCUGCACCAUCUUCUGCAGAUUCUGCAACCGACUCUCUAGUGGAUUCUGAAUCUGCCGUGGGGGCGCAAUCUUUCAUGUUUCCUCACAUUCAGGGUGUUAUCGCAUUCGACACUCCUUUUCUAGGCAUUGCCCCGGGUGUCAUAUCAUAUGGUGCCGAAGGUCAUUAUCGAAAUGCCACUACGGCGUACACCGCGAUAUCAGAAGUUGCCGGCUUGUUCGGCCUAGGCGACAACUCUUCGAACAAGGCAUCUACCGACCAGGGAAAAGCUUCCAACAAAAGUCUACCUCCUUCGGCUCCUAGCUCAUCUUCAAAUGCAGAUGCUGCCGCGACACCAUCAUGGCAACGGUGGGGCAAAUAUGCCAUGUUUGCAGGAGCUGCAGGAGCAUUGGCUGCGGGCGGGGCGGCCGCGAUGUAUUCACAGCGAGACCGACUGACGGAUGGUUGGGGCUGGGUAUCAUCCCACCUGUCAUUUGUCGGUUCUUUAGCACGGCCGUCUGAAUUACGGAGGCGCCUUGCACUACUUGCCGAAGUCCAAAGGGACCGAGGUAUCGGCUGCACUAAUUUCUAUACGUGCUUGGGCCAAAAUGCAAGUGAUCUAGUGGAGAACAAGAACGUCGGGACAUCGUCGUUCAGCCAGAAGAUAAUACGCUCGAAGAAUCGCACUUUCUGCUCGCUUCCCGCGGAAGUAGAAAGUUCGGGGUCUUCCCAACAAGACAUCCGAUGGGGCCAGGGCCGUGAACGAUAAAGCUGCAGAUGAAAUCAAAGCACACAUUAGCAUGUUUUUGGCGAACGAGAAUCCAGCCUUUAAUUUACUCGUGUCUGAUGCAUGCAAAGUGCUGGUGGAGUCGGUUGACAAGGGCUGGUACGCCACGGCCACAGGGCCAAUUGAAGAGGUGGACGGGAACAUGCCGCGGUCCGACGAUGACCGUAGCAAAGAC